AUGACUCAGGUGCCUGCUGACUACCUGUCAACCACCAGCUCCUACAACUAUGAGCCACCCCUCCCCUCCGUGGCUCGGGCCAGCACCCUCACCAAGGUCCCUCCAGCCAAAAAAAUAACCUUCUUCAAGAGUGGAGACCCUCAGUUUGCAGGAGUCAAGAUGGCCAUCAACCAGCGGAGCUUCAAGAGCUUCAACGCGCUCAUGGAUGACCUCUCCCAUCGGGUCCCGCUGCCGUUCGGGGUCCGGACCAUCACCACCCCACGAGGAAUACACUGCAUCAGUGAGCUGGACCAGCUGGAGGACGGAGGCUGCUACCUGUGCUCCGACAAGAAGUACGUGAAGCCCAUCAGCAUCACCUCUGGGGGACACAGGCCGGCCCCGCCACGGAACAGUCGCCCCUCCAGCACCAUGAGGAGAGCGGCUCAGGAGGGAAAGCUGGAAGAUUAUUCCACACCUUUCACUCACCAUGGCCCCAGAAUACCCAAGAAAAUUACUCUGGUUAAGAACGGGGAAAGUGGAUUUCGGCGCUCCAUCAUCCUGAACCGCAGAAAUGCCCGGAGUUUCAAAACGCUCCUGGAUGAGAUCACAGAGAUCCUGCAGUUCCCAGUGAAGAAGCUCUACACUGUUGAUGGGAAGAAGAUCGACAGCAUGCAGGCCCUGCUCCACUGCCCCAGCGUGCUGGUGUGUGUCGGCCGGGAGCCAUUCAAACCUAUAUCCAUGGAGAAUUUGAGGAAACACUCGGUGGAGAAGCUGCCCAACCUGCCUCCCCGCUCCAACAAUGGCAACAAUGUCAACGAGAACAAUGACAGUAAGAAAACCUCGGGGCCGUUGAACUUCGGACUGAAAGCCAAAAAAAGCGUUAUCCAUCCACGGUCAGCAUCCAGCAACAGAUCGAUGAGAUUUUCCUUGUCAUCAGAAAAGUCAUACCCCAAUGGCCUCGUGGCCUCUCCAGACAACGGGGCACCCUUCUCCAAUGGCUGCUCUCACCCAAAAGCUGGGGACCUGGUCCAGUCCUUGGUCAACGAUGACAUCGAGAAGCGGGUCCAUGUGAACAAGGAUGGGAGCUUGUCCGUGGAGAUGAAGGUUCGCUUCCGUUUGCUCAAUGAUGAGACUUUGCAGUGGUCCACUCAGAUCAAAAAGUCCAACCUGAUGAACCGGCUGCCUUGUGAAGAGUCAGGAAUGGAGGAGGACAGUGGACUAGAUCCCCUACAGAAAAUGAACCCAGAAGCCAGCUCGGAAGCAGAUGAUUCUUUAUAUCCCUGUGAUAUCGAUUCCUACAUGUCCAAACUUGAGGAAUCAGAAUGUGACGAGGCCCACUGUCACAGCUGUGGAAAGAAACACCAGGACUAUGACAUUUGGAAGAACCCCAUGCACAUGUCCCAGAGGGAAGAGCCCAGCGUGCGAAGCACCUGGCACACACGGUCGUCAUGCUCCAGCACAUCUUCCCGGAGAAGAGUAGUCCACAAAAAAAUGACAUCUGUAGAUAGCAUCCACACCACAUCCAGUGAGGAAUUCUCUGAGCACAUUGUGAGAGAGUCCUCAUCCUACUCAGAGACUAUAAAGAACAGAGUGGCGUAUCGAUCCGUUAAAAAGUGUAUGUGCCGAAGUGAUUUAUCUACCGGUGCUUCCAAUGGAGAAGAACAGCAGGAAUACACUCAGACAAGCACAGGAAACAGCCAGAGGCCUUCAUCCUUGGGCUUGAUGUCACAUUCAAGCUGUGAAAACAACCUGGAUACUCAGGACACCCCUGAAGACCAGGAGAUCACCAAAAUAAUUUCACAAAAUGAGGAUGCAAAUUGUUUUGAAGCUUCCUCUGUGAAGUGCUUGAAGGAUGAGGAGGAAGAGGUUGAAAGCAGCAGAGUUGGGAGUGUCAUGUCCAGGUCAUCUCUGCAGUCCAAGCAGAGCAAGAAGAACGUGUGUGAGGAAACGAGCAGCGUGGGCAGGAGCAUGUCCUCCUCAAGCCUUCAGAAGGCAAAUCAGGGAGACAACAGCCAGUGCUCCACCCCUGCCAACAGCGUGCACAGCAAGUCCAGUAACUGCACCACACCAAAAGAAAAGACUGAGCAGAGUGACCCCUCUGAUGACAACCCAGUGGUGUCCUCUUUCUCCAGUGAGUCCUGCCCCAAGAAAGAGACUGAAGAGGUGGAAGCAGAGCAGGAAGAAAGUGAAGUCAAUGAAGUCAGCUCAGUGUCAGCAAAAACAAAGCCAAGCCAGUCAAUCAGGGGGAAGCCAAAAAGAAAAAACAUGCGUUCAACCAUGUUGAAGAAUUCCUCCAUCAGCAGCAUCGGCACCGAGUCUGUGCUGACCGCAGGAAGAGAGCAGAAAGAAAUUGUGGAUUCCUCCAAAGCAACUUCCUAUGGUUCUAAAUCCACUGCAGCCAAAGAAGUUGGUCAGAAUAAUAAAGAGACUGAUGCUUUUUGCAGCAAAAAAACAGAGGAAGAGGUAGAAGACACAGGUGUUCAGGAGGAAGGAGGUGAUUUAAUGCCAUCAGCUCUACCAAAUACAUCUCCAGAAGAAGUUGUGCAAGAAUGGCUCAGAAAAAUCCCUUCAGAAACGUUGCUUAUGAAAUACGAAAUGGAGGAUGACGGAGAGGAGGAAUGUGCAGAGUCGACCACUGAGGUAUCACACUGUACAAAUGCCGAGGAAGCCCCAGAGGAGGAAAAAGCUGAGGAAAAGAAUGAGGAGGAGGCUGAAAAGGAUGAAGGAAAGGAUGAAGCAAAGGAUGAAGCAAAGGAUGAAGUGGAAGAAGAGAAAGCAGAAGACACAGAUAUUAUUGAAGAGGCUGAAGAAUGCGUGAACCAGGAAGAAAUCUCUGAGAUUGCACCUGAAGCUGCUGAAGCUGAGCAGGCAGAAUGCAACAAGUCAGUUACAUCCAGCCAAAAUAACAACAAGAGAGACCUGCCAACCUCUGUCCAGACGUCUGUCCAGAUCAUGAAGGCCUUGCUCAGUUCAAAGCAUGAGACCAAAUUUGACCGAUCAAACAGCUUGCCCGAAGUGUCCCCCACAAUGGGGAGAAAACUGAGUAAUUCCGCUAACAUUUUGAUUUCUUGUCUUGCCAGCCUUCAGCUCCUUGAUGAAGAGUCAGAGGAUCCAUCAGAAAACUCAAAACAUUUGAAUAAGUCAAGGUACACAGAGCUGCUAAAUAUUUUUCAAGCCCUCUGGUUUGGGUGCACUGCUGAAAGGAGCGGCCCAAGUUCAGGCCAAGAGGCAAGCAAGCCGGCAAAGCCAGUGUCUGGGUCUAAGGUCCCAAAAUCCAUGGAUCACGCCUUCACUGCCAUGUCCUCCUCUGGGGUUGAUGUUUGCAGUGGCUCUGGUGGCUCAGGAGAAGAGUGCACAGCUGGUGCCACAUUGGUGGCACAGAAAACCAUGGAAUGCAAAUCAGCCGAGCAAAUGGAAAAUGCAGAGACUGGCACAGAACUGACUGAGGUUGAGGAGCAAAGUAAAGAGGAAGAGCAGCCAUCCCGCCCUUCCACAGCCUGCUCAGAGGCAAAAGGUGAGGGAAAAGCAGAGUCUGCUAGAGAGGAGUCUGUAAUCCAGGAGGAAGAAGAGAAUAAGGAGGAUCAGGGCGGUAACUGUGAGCAUGGUCAGGAGGAAGGGGGAGAAAAUGAAAAUGAAGAAGAAAACAAAUCAGCUGAAACUGGAGAACAGGAAAAAGCUGAAGCUGUGAAUGACGAAGUCCCACAAGAAAAGCCUGAAGAGGAAGCUGAUCAGCCAGAGACCACUGGUGAUGCCAAUGUUGGUGAUGCUGAUGUCAGGACAGAGCUGAAAGAUGAGUUGCAAGAGCAGGCCCAAGAAAAGUCUCCAAAUGACCCUGAGCCCAAAGUCAAUACACCCACCAUUGUGGACACAUCCAUUGUCCAGCAAAACUCCGUGGAUCCAGACCCAACCUGGGUCCUGAGACUACUCAAGAAAAUCGAGAAGGAGUUCAUGGCUCACUAUGUCAAUGCCAUGAAUGAGUUUAAAGUCAGGUGGAACCUGCAGGACAACCAGCAGAUGGAUGCAAUGAUACUGGAGCUGAAGGAGGAAGUGAGUAAAAGGAUACAAAAGAGCAUAGAGAAAGAGUUGAGGAAGAUCAAAAGCAGGGCUGGAAGGAGGAUGCCAAGGCCUCCAGAAGAGCCACCCACACGUGAGUCCAAACUCCAAACUGAGCAGAGGAGAUGGCGACUUCAAACUAUGCAUAAAAAGUCCCUCUUUGGAGACAAGAAUGGUGCCCAAAUGAGGCUGGAGGAGACGUCAGACUUAUCAUUAGAUGUAGACAAUGACUUUAACCUUAGUGCAGCCUUGGAGGACAGCAUUAACAAACAAUCCAGUGAGGAGGAAUAUUGUCCAUGUGACUCCUGUGUGAGGAAAAAACUGGCUUCCAGGCCUGCCAGAGCCCCUGUGGUGGCCACCAAUGCCCCAGUCAUGAAAGCCUUUGAUUUGCAGAAAAUCCUGAGGCUGAAGAAAGAUGACAAUGAGGAAGCCAUCGUUGCAGAAGCAGCCCAGGACACCAAAACACUUCCCAAUGGUUCUGUGGAGGAAGGGGCAGAAAAUGAGGAGAAGGAUGAGGAGCAACCUCAGACAGGUGAAGGUGAAAAUGAAGCUGAAGAAGCAGAGGAGCCAGAGGAUGAGGAAGUUGUGGCUGAUGAUGAGGCAGAGACAUCAGAAUGCAGAGGAGAUGCUGAGGGCUCUGGAACUGACAACAAUCCUGAAGGAGAUGCUGUGGAAGGAAAUGAAGAAGCUGAGCAAGAUGAAGCUGAGGCAGAAGAAGAUGCAAAACCAGAGUCAGGAGAUGAGGCUGAGGAGAAAAACAGUGAAGGAGAUGAGAAACCUGAUGAGAAUGGUGAGGAACCCACUGGUGAUGACCCUGACAAGGCACAUGAGAAACACGAAGACCAAGGCAACAGCAAAGUUUCUGAGAAAGCUUCAAAGCCCAAAGGCAAGAAAACCAGCAAAAGGUUAGAAACUCUGAAAAAAUCCACAGCCUUUUCUUGUUAUUCUUCUGUUGGAAACUUCUCACAGCAAUCCCAGAAGGGGUCUGAUGAUGAAGAGGAAAGAGUAGAUGAAGAAGAAGUAGUCGAAGAGGAAGGAAUAGUUGAAGAGGAAGCAGUAGCUGAAGAGGAAUGCAAAGGUGAUGAUAGCCCCGCUAGCGACCACCCCAAUGGAGAGGUUCGAAGUGAUGAGAGCUCCAAGCCCUCCCAGAUGUAUCCUGACAGUGAGGAAGAGGAAGAGGACAAAGAAUCUUCGGGUUCUGAUCCUGUGGGAGAUGAGGAGCAGCCAGAUACUGAAGGUGCAGAGCCAAAGGAGGCUGAAAACACUGAGGAAGUUCAGUCUUCUAAAAAGAAAGAAAACUCUGAUGAGAUUGACCAGGAUGACCUGGACUUCUAG